AUAAAAUUUAACAAUAAUGCGACUGAUAAUUAUUACGAUAAUUUUAAUUAUAUGUAUUUCAAAUGUAUUCUCGCGUAGAAUAGAUAAAAAUAUGAAGAAAAUACAGAAAGAAUUGAAGCAAAUACAAGAACGUGAAACAACACCAGUGAAAUUUGUAACAUUAGUUGCAAUGCGAUUAAUUUAUGGGAUUGCAUCAACAAUGGGUUUAAGUGAAAAUUUAUCUGGUGUUUUGAAUGGUGCAUUUGUACCGCCCGGUGUCGACGAUUAUUCGGAUUAUGGAGAAGGUUUUGAUUUGAUUGGUGAUGAUGAUUAUUAA